AUGGAGGACGUGAAAGAACAGGAGAAGGCGGAGGAGCAGGAGCAGCGCGAAAAGGCCCAAGCCAAGCAGGCCCGGCCAUCGCCUGGACCCUCCAGCACCCAGCGCUCCCUGGAGGCCCUGAAGGCCCUUCAGUUAGAGAUGGAGCCCCUGAACGCCAAGGCCAGCAGGGCCUAUUUUCGCCUGAGGCAUAAGCAGGUGCAGAGUCGGAAGCCUUACCUGGACCACAGAAGCGCCAUCAUCCAGGGCAUCCCAGGAUUCUGGGUUAAAAUUGCGAACCACCCCCAGAUGUCAGCUAUGAUCAGGGUGGAAGAUAAAGACAUGCUCCGCUACUUGAACAAUCUGAAGGUGGAGAAGCUCAACCAUCCUAAUAACCGAUGCAAAAUCACAUUUUUCUUUCGGAGGAACCCCUAUUUUCAGAAUGAAGUCAUCUACAAGGAAUACGACAUUACCAUCAGUGGAUAUAUAGCAUCUUACUCCACUCCAAUCCAGUGGCUCCAGGGUUAUGAACGUGAGGCUUACAAGCGCAGGCAUCAUGAUACCAGCGUUAACUUCUUCAACUGGUUCUCUGGUCCCAGCUUCCCAGCGUACAACAGGAUUGCUGAGAUCAUCAGUGAAGACCUGUGGAUUAAUCCCCUGCAGUACUACCUAGGGGAGGAAGAAACCCGGACAGGAAGGUGGAGAGAAAAACAGAAUGCCCCUGAGGGGCAGGCCGUGUCCUGCGCUUGUGCUGUCUCAGAAGCCGUGGUCAUCUCCUCCACUCCCAGUCCAAAGCUCAGUGCCAAGGUUCCCCGGCUGGGACGCCGCACUCCAGGCUCCAGAAUUAGUCACUGCCUCCCAGUGACUUCUCCUCCUGUCAGCCGCAUUGCUGCGCUGCUGGGGUACACUGGCUGGGCUUCCCCCGAAGUCACUUCUGGGGGUUAG